AACUAGAGAGCAGAGAAAGCUAUGAACAGAAAAAAGAAAAAGGGGAAAUAAAAAAAGUUAAAGUAUUCCCAUUUUCAUUGUCUUUGGCCCCUUUUCCACGCUAUCUUUUUCCCCUUUCAUAGAAAACACACAUUCUCACUGUCUUCUUGCCCCUUUCACUUGCAAACAUAUAAUCUUAUAAGAAACAACAUUACCCCUCUUAUCUUUUGCUUGUGUGCUAGUUAAUAAUUCUUAUCAGAUAAAAAACUUCUCAUAACAAUAUCAGCCACCAGUUAGAUUUCAUGUCAUGAUAACAUAUCUCAUGCCCAUCUUCUGUUUGUGUUUUUGCUUCACUGAACAAGAAAAGCUCCUCCUAUUCUCUUGUAUCUUAAGUUCCAUUUCAAUUGUUCUCAGUGGUAAUUAAUGUUUUAUAAUUCAUAGCAUAUUCUUCUUCUUCUUCUCCUCUAAAACCCCAUGAUUAUUAGAUGGCUUAUACUAGUACUAAAUAUUAGUAUAUAGUUAUUUUUUGUUGUAAGGUUCUGAUGCCAUGGCAUCUCUUGGCAACCCAAGAACUUGGGUUCCAUAUGUGAACAGCAAAGACUGUUCUCAAGGAUUUUGCAGCUUGUACUGUCCACAGUGGUGUUAUACAGUGUACCCUCCACCUCCUCCUCCUCCAUUUGAAUUCCCUGAUGAAGAUUCAGGUCCGAAUUUCUCACCUCUUGUUAUUGCAAUCAUUGGAGUGUUGGCAAGUGCUUUUCUCCUUGUGAGUUACUACACCAUAAUUUCCAAGUACUGUGGCAGAAGAGAAUCAUCCUCAGCAGAACAUGAAGAAGAAGUAACAAAUGUUGAGAUUUUGGAAGACAACCACAACCCUUCACUCCAUGAGCCAUGGCAUGCCUCAACAACAGGUCUAGAUGAGGCACUCAUCAAGACCAUAACUGUUUGCAAGUACAAGAAAGGCGAAGGACUCGUUGAGGUAACGGAUUGUUCCGUUUGCCUCAGCGAGUUCCAAGAUGGCGAGAGCAUUCGGCUCUUGCCAAAGUGUAGCCAUGCUUUUCACAUUCUUUGCAUUGAUACAUGGCUCAAGUCUCACUCCAAUUGCCCUCUUUGCCGCGCCACGCUUUUCACCUUCAAUGCUGCAGUGCCAUUUCAUCCGCUGCCGCCGGCAUCCCAAGUGUUGGAACUACCUUCUUCAGCAAGAAAUGAAGGUUCUUCUGAGAAUGUGGUUCAUGUAGAUGAAAAUGUGUAUAAUGGAACAAGGGAGAGUGAUGAGUUAUUGGAUGUGGUGUUGGACGAAGGUGUACUGAAUGGUAACAGAGAAGUUCCAAAGACUAAUAAUGCAUUCAGAGCUCUCAGUGACUUGGGGAAUUUGAGGGGAAGGCAUGUUGAGAUUAGAGAUGAGGAUUACUAUGAAUCAAUAAGAAGAUCAGUGUCUAUGGACCAUUCCUUUCAAAAUGGUGUUACACUUUCAGUAGCUGAUGUUCUUCACAUGAAUCAUGAUCAAGAUUCAAAUGAAGAAGUUGGCACUUCAAAGAGAUCAUCAUCAUCAAUGGGUGAAAGUAGCAAAUCAAGCUAUAGAAGAAGGGUGUUGCAUUGUGUUCUGAGUCCAAUUUCAAUGAAGAGAUCAUUCUCAAGUGGAAGAUUCUCUCUUAGUGGAAGAAAUGGCAGGGGAAGGCAGGGGAUUUUACCUUUAUGAUGAGAAGUGUCUCAUUUUAAUUUUUUGUUUUUUAUGUUAAAUUUCAAUUCUCUUUCUGAUAUAGUAUAUGAUGAUGAUUGAAGAGGAGAUUGACCAAUUUUGUGUGUGAAGAUCUUAAUGCUAGAUAUGAUUGAAUCUUUAUAUGUA